GAAAUAAAUACCCGCUUCAGUACGAAAGAUAUGUUUCAAAGCUUAAUUUAAUUCAUCCACCUCCAUCUUUGAUUCUGCUUGCAGAUCGUGUGAUGGCCUUCAAAUUUCUCAGACCGCAGGUUGGGUUGUGGCAUCAAGGCCGUCGAAUGUACGCCUCUGAUCGGCCGAAACAAAGCUCCAUGAGCUAUUGUGUGAACUUGGUCAAGACUAGAGAUUACGAGAACUAUCUGGCCUCACUUUUGCUACCGUCUGUCUUACAUCAACCAGCCUUUGCCAUUCGAGCCUUCAACGCCGAGGUAGCUAGUGUCAAAGACUCCGUGAGUGAUCGAACCAUCGGUUUGAUGCGGAUGCAAUUCUGGAAAGACACUUUAGAGGAAAUCUGCGAGGGCUCUAAAUCCCCUCCAGCCCAUCCAGUGGCUCAAGAAUUGCACCGUGCCUUUGCCAAACAUCACUUCUCGAAAGACUUACUUCUCAAUCUAAUCUCGAGUCGAGAGCGCUUCCUGUCCAAUAAUCCCUUCCAAAGCCUAGACGAAGUGGAUUCGUACGCCCGGGACGCAUUCUCUAGCAUCAACUUUGUUCUGCUGACUUGUCUGAAUUCUGACAAAUCACCCUCUUCUCAAACUGGUCACGCUCGACACGCGCUAAACCAGUUAGGAAUGGCCCAAGGAGUGAGCACCCUUUUACGAGCAGUUCCCUAUCACGCUCAAUUGAGGCAGGUCCUCUUGCCCACUGACCUGAUGAUGAAUCAGGGCGUGUCAGUGGAAUCGGUGGUGAGGAAGGGUGAUAGUGAAGGCCUCAGACUCGUGAUAGAGGCUACGGCUGCUCGUGCCCAGGAGCACUUGGAUAAUAGUCGAUUUAGAAUGAAGUACUUGUCUAAGGAUGAGAAGUGCCUUCUCUUGCCAGCUGUGGCCACGGAUGCCUACCUGGCUGCCUUGCAUAAAGCUGAGUGCAAUGUGUUUCACGAUAAAUUGAAGGUUAAGAACUCAUGGUUACCUAUUCAACUGUAUUGGCAUAGAUUUAAGGGUUCGUAUUAACACCUAAUAUAGGCUGGUGGAAUAUAUCAUGUAAUCAGAU